AUGAAUAGAUCUGCAACUCGGAAGCGAAAACUGCGAUCCCUUACUCAACAAACUAAGCGUCUCAUUAGACGGAAACACCAAGAAUAUCUGGCUAAAAUUGAAAGUUCCUUUUCUGUCAACCCAAAGCUGUUCUGGAGCUACCAUAAAGCUAUCCUACGCCACCGAGCAAAUCUGCAUCACGAAAUAACGUUCGACGGAGUUACUUCUAAAUCUGCAAAAGAUAAAGCUACACUUUUCAACGCGUACCUCUCUUCCGUAUUUCGUUCACCUUCCACAGGUUCAAAAUCAGGUAUCUGUGAUCUGCUUCAACCAUUAGAAAUUGAGGAGCUUUCCAAUAUAACACUCAAUGCGGAAGAAGUCGCGCGAAGUUUGUACAAUCUUGACACAUCCAAAGCGUGUGGCCCCGACGGCAUUCCAACUCGUCUUCUGCAAGAAUGCAGCAUCCAAAUUGCACCCAGCAUUUGUGAACUAUUCAAUCAUUCGCUGCACACCGGUCAGAUCCCUUCGGAAUGGAAAUCUGCCAAU